AUGAAGUUCUUCACUGUCUUCUCUGCUAUCCUUGCCUCUGGCACUGCCAUGGCUGCCUCUGUUCCCAACACCCGCGGCCUGUCUUCCACUCUUGCCACCCGAAACGUCGAGGUCCAGGCUAGCCCUGAGACCAGGGAUGUCAAGGAUGACAUUACCUCUUUCUUUGACUCUAUCAUCCCUACCUCUGAUGAGAAGAGCCAGACUCCCGAGGGAGUUGAGAAGCGUGAUGUUCUCGAGAACAUUGUCGGUGGCGUGAAGGGCCUUGUCCCAGGCGCCAAUGCAUCCCAGCAAAAGACAGACUACAACAAGCUCAUCAACCAUGGCUACAACGUCACUGCUGAAUACUUCGGCUCCGUCGAUCUCAACGCCAAGGCUAAUGUCGGCAUCGAGUGGGCUAUCGGCAAGAUCACCACCACCAUUCCUGGGGCUUCUAUCUUCAUAUCUCUUCUCAGCGGCUUCAAGAUCGCACUUGGCAAGCUUGACCUGAACGCUUGGGCUUCAAGCGCUCUGGCCAUUGUCGGCAAAUUCGUUUCUUCCACCGACUUCAAUGCUGCUAUUACCGCUGCUAUCAAGUUCUGCGAGAACAUUGCCAGCCAGGUCUCUGCUGCUUCGGCUUCGGCUUCGGCUUAG